CCAAAUUUUAAGCUUAUCUAAAUAGUUUUAGAAUGUAUAAAUAUUAUGUUAAAUAUUUUUUUAAAGAAUACUGACAUGUAUUACACCUUUUUUAGUAGGCAAAGGUGGUAAAAAAGACUAAAAACGAUUUGAAUUGAUACGAUCCUGUACAGUCAACUGACCAACCUAGUCCAUGUAGCUAUGGCAACGAAAUUGUUUGUUGUGAUGUUAAACGGCCAAAUAAAAUUUCGUAUACAUCGUAGUGAAACAUAAUAAAUAAGGACUUUUCAAAUUAGCAGCAUACUGCAAUGUCUAAAUCCAAAUGAAAUACAGCAACCAAUUUCGAAGUGUCGAGAACUGUCUGAAUAUCGUUCAUUAUUCUUUAAUUAACUUAUUUCAUAAGCAAAAAUGGAUUCUAUUAAUCUACUAGCCCGUGAAGAUGAGUUCAAAAAGCUGAAUAAACAACUAGAGAAGAAAAGUGAGAGCUUAAUGAAACAAAUAGAACUAGUACUGCAAAAACCGGAUUCAUAUUCAGAGUUCACAACAACAACAAAGAAACAUUCGUGUGAUAUGCAAAAGCAAUUAACACAAACACAUGCACAUAACGAAACAAGAAAUGUUAAAAGUAGAUCAAAAAUAUCAAAGUCAAUAUCUGAACAACAAGUAAGCAGGUUAAUGGAUGCUGACGGAUCGAAUAAUGACUUGAAUAACGGCCCACAACAAAUAACUGUUGCUUCGAAUAGUGUUAGAACUGUGUGUGACUGCUGCAACGUUAAAUCUAAUGAUAUGGAAUUCCUAUAUGCCUUUGUUUGUGUACAUGUUAAAGAUAAAUUACUACCGCAAUCGUAUGCAAAAGAUAACAUAACGGUAGAGAAAGUGUGCAAAUUUCUGUCCUCAAAAAUUAAAUUAUUGCAAGAGCAAAUUGACAAGUUACAAAGCACAAUAAGCGGUAAGAAAACGCAAUGCGAAGCGCACCUAACCAGACUGGCUGAUCUGGAAAACGAGAGGAUGUCUCUAUUGAACAAGAACAGCAACCUGAGGACAGCCUCGCUCGAGAUGAAGGCCAAAUGUCAUUCACUGCAGAACAGACUCGAGGAGAAAGAUAAGCUUUACAAAGAGCAGAGGAGCGUCGCCGACGCAGCCUCCAAUGAGCUUAAAAAGUUCAAAACGAAAGUCGUCGGCCUGGAGGCGAGGUGCGCGUCACACGAGGACGUCAUCGACAACCUGAAGCAGCAAAUUGAGACUUUGAAGAUCAACGAAAAGGAGCUACGCGAUUCAACCCGGAACUUGUCGUCCGCGAGCCAAGCCAAAAUAUCCAAGCUAGAAGCACACGUCAGCGCGCAGAACAAACAAUUAGACAGACAAACAAGACUCAUUAGUAACCUGAGGAGGCAGAUCAGUCUGAUGUCCACAAGUGGGGCUCUGAAAGUUUUGGAACAAGAAUAUUGCAAGCUUUUGGAUGAGAUUUGA